UGUGGCUAGCUAGCUAACUAACGUUUGAGUUCAGACAGGUGGUUGCUGGUAUCAAAGGGAUAAAGUGUUUUCCGGCGCAUUAUUUCUGUGGAGUUUAAAUGCGCAUUUGAAUUUUGUGUCUGUUACUGAGCCAUAUUAUUCCAAGGAACCUUUUAUUUCAGCAGUAAAUUUAAGUUCAAGGAAACAUGUUGGAAAAACGUUUACUGAAACCUCGAACAGGUUACGUGGGGGUUGGGAGCAAGGGCCCUCCUUCCGUCAACAGUUCGAGGUCGGGUUCCCCUCACACCUCCUCCCCCUCCCCCGCCUCCUUCAUCCCUCAGCCGAAAGGAACAGCGGCUGCAAGGAGCCUCGACAAAAACAGAUCCAGACCUUCGUCCGCCAGCUCCACCUCGUCCAUCCCUCAUCUACCAGUCAAGUCGUCUCUUGCCUCCUCGAACUCUUCUGCGGGCAGGACCGCCGCAGCCAACAAGAGUAUCCCUACCUCCGCGUCUUCCAACUACAACUCCAAUUCCAUGCUAGAUAAGUUCAAGCUCUUUAACCCUAAAGAUAAGAGUUCGGACAGAGCUAAAGGCGGCAACACAAGCAACAAGCGAACGAGCAGCAGCAGUGGCUUCAGCUCGGCCAGGAGGAGAAGCGAUUCAUCCAACAGUAUCUGCAGUGAAUCUAAAAACGGUGUCUCGACCCAGGAUUCGUCAAAAGACCUGUCUUCCCCAUCUCCGACCUCAUCAUCUUCACUAUCUGGUUCUAAGCCACCUCAAAUCGGAAGUUCUGUUCCCAAAAGUCAGGCAAAGAAAUUUGUGGGAAUCACUAGCAACAAGCAGAAUGUACCUAAAUCAAGAACUGGAGAUGGUAAAGAUCCCAUUUCAAGCAAACUUGAGCAUUUAAAAGCAACGUCAAAAAUAGCAAAAGAAAGAAAUAACGAAAAAACUGCGAAAUCCUUAGAAUUAUUACCGUCUGUUAACCAAACUGGAGAUCGGAGGAGCGAAUCCAGUGAAAACAAUCUGAAAUUCCAUCAAUCGAAACCGAACUUUUCUACUACUGGUUCCAACGCAGAACUAUUUAGGAAAGAAGAAGAACAGUUGUGUUCUGAAAUAGAACCCGAUAACCGAGUACGACAAUCGAAAGUGAUAGCCAAUUUGACCGAGAAAUCUACCAAUGUUUCUCCUAGUGCCUCCAGCAUCAGCGUUUUAAGCGACGCUACAGUGAUUGACAAUUCACAGGUGUUGUCCCUUAAUUCUGUUUCUGUCUCAUCAAGUAUGGAAAAUAACUGUAAUGGACAAGUUGUAUCAUCACCAAGCAGUAGUAUACCGAAGCCAACUCUUGCUGUGAAAGGAACGACAAAAGUGACCAAGGACGAUAAACGACCGCAAAACGCGGAGUCGGAGACGAAUCUACCUGCCAAUUCUUCGCCAAAAAGUAUGAAAAUUGCCAACCCUGAUCCACAGGCUGGCACUAAAUUGUCCAGAGAGGAUAUUUAUGUAGCAGUGCACAUAGCUGGUCCAGACACUCAAGUUUUGGAUACUGGACAGCAGCAACAGACUGAUAAAAGAGGUAUAAAUUUUUCUAAAUCUGAACGUGCGAGGUCAGAAGGUAGAAGUAGUACAGCACCAGUAGGUGUCAGUAUCGCUAUGGUAUCACCUAUCAUGAGCUCUAAUCACAAUAAAGAUGCUAAGAACUCAGAGAACACUGAGAAAGUGCUGCAAAGCAGCAGUGCCAUUAACAAGGGUGAUGUAAAACCUCCAAAGUCAAAAUCUAGCUCCAAUUUUAGAACAGAACCCAUAUACGAAACCUGUAAUAAACUGGCGUCUAGGGAUAAUAGUGGACUGUCCAGCGAAAAUUCUACGAUAUGGGAAGAAGGGGAAGAUGUUCUUCUGAACAUCAAACCAAUGCAGCCGAUAGUGCGCGCUUCUCCUUAUGGCUAUAUGCGAGGAUUAGGUCCUCUGUCAUCGCCUCGUGCAGUAACAACUAGAAUGCAAAAUUCUUUGAGGAUACACUCGGAUUAUGGUGAAACUGGUAGACUCAAUUCCAGUCGACAGUUCCUGGCGUCUUUGGAUUCUGCACGCAUGUAUGGAGCUGGAAUGAAACGAGUUCUAUCUGGAUGCAACAGUCUUGUUGAUACUGAUUAUGCCACGGAUAUUGACUCUUACGAUAUUGCAUCUGGAUAUCUGAGUGAUGGAGAGAUCCUGAGGCCUGGUGUUGCCUGCCGGUCAGAUGACAUUGCCAGUGGGUAUUUAAGUGAAGGUGGUACUCCAGUUUAUUCUAGAAAACCCAUCUCUAGGUCUAGAGACAGCGGAAGAGAUCCUAGAACUAUAAAUGUUUUACAAGAUGACAGGAACAAGAUCAACGCCCAGAAGCAUAACGGGAAGAUGGGUUUUGAUGACAGUAGUUCCGUGAGUAGCGGCGUGAGUGACACUUUUCCAGAGCUGAGCACCGACGACAACUUGACCGGCUCAUCAGUAAGUUCAGACAACAACGUCUACGGAAGUCUAAAGAGGAAUCAGAAACUGAGUACUAGUCAUUCCAAGACGGCUUCUUCCGUUCCAAACACGGCGUCCAACUCGGACAAAAGCCGAAAGGCUGGAGAAGAGCAGCCCGCCAUCGGUCCGGGUGGUUCGAAAUCAAAACAGGCACAUGUGAAGAAAACUGACAGUUCCAUGCAGACUGAGACUAGUGCAUUCCAUCAUGUUUCAUCGUCAUCCUGGAAAAAAUACCUUCUACAGCAACAACAGCAGCAACAAGAUGUCCAGUCUGUCAAAUCGGACAAAAGCAGCAAGAAAUCUGUCAAGAACCCUGAAUCAAAGAAGGGCGGCAAUCCGGAUUCGCACCGGUCCAAACACAAACUUGCUGUCGUACCGGAUAGGCAUCCGGAUUAUGACACGUCCAGUAAGUGCCAACAGCAGCUAAAGCAGUCCUCCUCGAAAGGUGGCAGCUGUGAAUCUCUGGAACCUGCGGGCAGCAGUUGUAGCGGCAGCCGCAAGACUUCUCGCUCUUCCUCCGCUGCGGUUUCCACGGCAACCGGAGCAGCCCCAGCCGCCCCACCCUAUGGCAAGAGAGCGCCUAGUACCAGUAAUGCUUACAACGGUAACGGCGGCAAACAACAAGGUAGCAAUAACCGUUCCUCCGCGCCAUCGUCCUCCUGUGCCAGUAAUAGCAAGAAGGGCGCGGAUGAGAAAAUCGGCGAUAUAGAGCGCGCCCCUGCCGAUGAAAUGUCGCAGUGCUACGCCGGUACAGAGCGCCGCCCCGCGGUCGAUCACCAUCACCCGCCAGCAUCGCGCAAGGGCGGCAGCAAAGUCAAAGUCUGCGGCAGCACGCAGACCAACACCAGCGACCUGUAUAGCCCCGCGGUGCACUCCGACAGCGAGUACAGCUCGCUGGGGCGGAAGUAUCCGCCCCCGCCCCCCAAACAGUACUUUAUGACCACCCCGGGCCCUGGCACAGGACUAAAAGAACGAGUGUAUGGCAGCAGGUCUAUACUGAACGGGUCACCUACACCCCUUUCUGACUACAUGAUGCUGGGGAGUAGAGCUCCCCGGCUUUCCGCCCCCCUAAGAGAUAUGGAUAAUUAUGCCACAUUAGAGCACGGCCCUUACUCGUGGAUGAGGCAUAGUCCCAGCUGUGGCACUUCCGUAACGGGGGGCAGGGGUGGGACAUUGACCGAAGCGGACAGCAUGGAGUCAUUGUCAUCCACGUCUUCCAGCAUACACGCACAGAUCCAGCACGCCCGUGCCAACAGCCUGACCCACGCUCGCCUCAUGCUUCACCAAAGAGAGCUGGCAUCGUCACCAAGGUUGUCGAGGUCGAACUCCAUCCGGUCGACAAAAUCGGAGAAGUUAGCAUCCUAUAUGCUGCAAAGGUCAUCGGACGAUCCAGAGGGACAGAAUACGUAUGCUACACCAAGUGGCAGUGCUUUCAUGGCGGCUGCGAUCGCCUCGGCAGCAGCGGGAAAUACCAAUUCUCAGCCAACGUCGCCAAGUUCAGUGCCACAGGGUGGUAGCCGGUAUAAUAUGUACCCUUUAUCUCCUGGUACUACGUCAUCGGUGCCAAAUUCGGGCAGUUUCUCUAACCACACAAAUGGGCGGAGUUCCAUGUCACCCUAUAUGACGGGCCUUCUAUCGAAAAUGAACAGCAAGGAUGAUGAUAUCCAUGGAUCAGCAUUAUCUUUGGUGUCCACAAGUUCGUCUAUCUACUCUACGGCAGAGGAGAAACAAGCGCACGAGAUCCGGAAGCUCAAGAGGGAACUGGACCAGGCUCAUGAAAAAGUUGCCACCCUGACAUCCCAGCUCACUACCAACGCACAUAUGGUUGCUGCUUUUGAACAGUCUUUGUCGAAUAUGACGAGUAGACUUCAGCACCUUACUGCCAGUGCUGAACAGAAGGAUUCAGAGUUAACUGAACUGCGGAAAACAAUUGAAGCUUUGAAACAGCAAAGUGCUGAGGCGGGCCUCACAAAAAUGGCUUUGCAGUCAAUGCAAGCAGUGCAGAGAAGUACGGGUGCUACUAACUUAGUUCGGCGACACACUUUUAACACUACUAAGGAUACGGCAUUGCAAGAGCAUAGGAUUUCUAGGCAGUUUUCAACUGAUUCAAUGUCUAGUGUUAAUUCAUGUUCCAGUGCUUGUAGUGGAAAUAGCGGUAAAUCUGGUGAUGCUUUAAGUGAUAAAAAGAAAAAGAAGAAAGGCUGGCUAAGAAGUUCUUUUAGUAAAGCUUUUUCUCGGAGUAAAAAGAAUAAAAAUGGCUCCGUGUCGGAUGUGGAGGAUUUGCGGCAUCUUCAGUCUGAUUCCUCGACUCCAAAUUCUCCGCUUCUGGGUGCAGGACAUGCAAAUGGUGGGAAUUCACAGACUCUGAAACAGUCACAUUCAUCUUCUGCACUUUAUGAGAAGGAAGAUGAAGAUUCACCCGAAGUUGUUAAAGAUCUAAAAAAACAGUUGCGGGAGAAAGAUAUGAUGCUAACAGACAUACGUUUAGAUGCUUUAAGCUCAGCGCAUCAACUAGAAAAUUUGAAGGAAACUGUAAAUAAAAUGAGAAGUGAAAUGUUGAGCUUGAAGCAGGACAAUGAUAGGUUACAAAGGCUUGUAUCUACAAAAUCUUUAACUUCAUCUCAUAGUUCCUUACCACUUAGAAAUAGCUCAGAAAGCUUAGAAAAAAGACUAAGUGCAUCGGAGCAUUCUGGGCCUCCAAGCAUAGCUGAAAUGUACCUAAAUGAACCGAGAAGUGACCAAGAUGGAAAAUUAGUCAAUGUAUCUGUCCAUCUUGGGUGCCAUGGGGAUAGUUCUUUAUUCCAAAGGCAAAAUAUGACAUCAUCUGAAGUACUCAUUGGAAGUAUUUCUGUCAGUUCAAAAACAAAAUGGGAUCUCUUAGACAACUUUGUAAAAAGAUCUUUCAAAGAAUAUGUCUUAAGAGUAGAUCCCGUUUCAAACCUGGGGCUUAAUGCCGAAAGUGUGAUCAACUACCAUGUAGGUGAAAUCAUACGGGCAAAGGAUAUGGAUGUUCCUGAGCUUCUGCCUUGUGGAUAUAUUGUUGGAGACAACAUGCAAAUUAAAAUUGUUAUAAAAGGCACUAAACAGCAUUCUGUCGAUGCUUUAGCAUUUGAAAGCUUAAUACCAAAAUCUAUUGUACAAAGGUAUAUUUCUCUGUUGACGGAGCACCGAAGAAUAAUCCUGUGUGGCCCUAGUGGAACUGGGAAAACAUAUAUUGCUCAAAAAUUGGCAGAAUAUCUUGUGCUAAAAAAUGGAAAAGAUCUUGUACCUGGUUCUGUUGCAACAUUUAGUGUUGAUCACAAAUCUGCAAAGGAGUUGAGACAAUAUCUUUCAAAUGUUGCUGAGCAAUGUGAAACAAGCAAUGCAUCAGAUCUACCAACUGUGAUAAUACUGGAUAACUUACAUCAUGUAGGCUCUCUGGGAGAGGUUUUUAAUGGUUUCCUUAGUGCCAAAUACCAAAAGUGCCCCUAUAUUAUUGGCACAAUGAAUCAAGCUACCUGCUCAACAACUAAUUUGCAGCUUCAUCAUAACUUCAGAUGGGUGUUGUGUGCAAACCACAUGGAGCCUGUGAAAGGAUUCUUGGGAAGGUACCUGAAGCGGAAACUUGUUGAAGAAGAAAUACGUAGUGGCAUACGUAAUGCAGAAAUUGCAAAAGUGAUAGAUUGGAUGCCAAAAGUUUGGCAGCACCUAAACAAGUACCUUGAAACUCAUAGUUCUUCUGAUGUCACUAUAGGUCCAAGAUUAUUUCUCUCGUGUCCUGUUGAUCUCUCUGGUUCUCAAGUAUGGUUUACUGAUUUAUGGAAUUACAGUAUAGUCCCAUAUGUGUUAGAAGCAGUCAGAGAAGGACUUCAGUUAUAUGGACGCCGUGCUCCAUGGGAAGACCCUGCUGAGUGGGUAUAUGAGACAUAUCCAUGGCCAGUCCAUGGAACGGCCACUGAACCUCAGCUUUUGAGAUUAAGACCUGAAGAUGUUGGAUAUGAAGGUCAUCCUGGCCCUACUAUUGGAUCGAAAAGUCACCAUACAAAUAACCCAAAUAGUGAAUCUGAUCCUUUAUUGAAUAUGCUAAUGCGCUUACAAGAAGCAGCUAGUUAUUCAAGUCCGCAUAGUAAUGACAGUGACUCAACAAGUAUGGAUAGCCAUGGAAGCAGCCUGCAUUCUGAUGAACUUUUAACCUCAGGGAACUGAAAAAUAAUUGAAGGUAGCAGUUUUGACAGUUACUACAUCAAAUGCACAUUUCCAUAAAUGAAGUGGUUUUCUAUGCAGAACGUGAAACACAGAAUGUCUCUAAGUAACACAAAAUACAAACAGUGUAAUAUAAGCAAGCAAAGUUAAGUAUCAGAGCUACAAAUUUGUUUUUAAAAUGUUUGCUUUAAUUAACAAGUUAAAGCAAUUCAUUUAAAUUCUGACAUGAAAUUUAAAAUUUUCUCGUUGGAAGAGGAGAUUAUUAAAAUAUAGAUAAGCUUUUUGUGUUUUAAAAUAGAUUGCUUUGAAUAAUGAAUUCAUUACUCUAGAAAAGAAAGGAAUAGUUUACAUUGAAAAGAUCUGCCAUUUUUAUGUUUGUUAUCAGGUGAUUACACAUGAGAAAUAUGAUGCUGAUGUAAUAAGAAAUUUUUAAUAUUCUAUUUUCUGCUUAUAAUUACUCAAGUGUGAUUUAUCAGGUUAUUAUCAUGACAUAUCAAGUUUUUAUGAAACUGCUUUACAAAUGCUAUUAAUAUAGUUGACUAUCAAAGCUGUUAUGAAAUAUCAGUUAAAACUUGAGUGCAAAACCUCAUUAAUUAUUCCUUAUUAACAUUAACAUUCCUUAUUUGAAUGCUGUACUUUUAAAUAGAUUAAAAUUAACAAUGUUAAUUAACAAUGUAACCAAAAGAUUAUUAGUGAGCAAUGAAAGCUCGUUAAAUGUUCUUUAAAAUGAAAACUAAUUGUAACUGCUGUCUUUUAUGGUAAAAGGGAAACGUAUGCUGAGACUCGAGAGCAAUAAUAAUUUAUCUUGCUUAGAUUCCAUAAAUAAUAGUUUUGAUGAAAAUAUAUAAAUCAAAAUGGCAGAAAGAGCUUUACAAUUAAGUAAAUCAUUACUAUAAAAUAUUUCUUGGCACUUAAAUAUAGCUUACGAUAAUACAGAACAUGGCAUAUCCAAUAUGUGAUUCAUUCUAAAUUGCCUUAUUUUUAAUUUCCAUAAAAAGCACUGUUUAUUAAAAAUAUAUUUAUUAUAUCAAAAAUAUUUAUCUAUAUGGUAUAUUAAAAAACAGCUAAUGAGUACCUUUUCUUCUGAAGCAUAUUUUAUCUUUUAUAAUAAUUCAAAGCAAUAAUAAUAAUAAAGCAGUAAAUGCAGUAUAAGAAAAAAGGCUGUAGAAAUGCCUGCAAUUUGAAGGCUUGAAAAAUGAGAGAAUGCAUAUCAGUAGACGACUUAUUUUUCGAGUAGAGUAAUGGGUUCUUAUUCAAAAGAUCUACUUAAAUAUUAUUAUUAAAAUCAGAUAUACAAAUGGAAAAAAAAUCUGUAAAAGUUGUUUUAAUUUGAAUGGUGAUGGGCAUUGAUGACAAUAGUUAAAUAUGAUCUCUGUAUCCUGAAAGGUGGGCAAAAGAUGACUUAAAAAAAGUGUUUUAAAUGUGAAAGAAACACUGCUGUCUGAUGUGUUACCUGAUAGAGAAAUGUUUCAUUUAGCCUAAGUUUAAUUGUUACAGUAUUUAAGCUAAUAAAAAUUUGUAAAAUGUUCUUUCUUAAACUUUUAAUAUUUUUGCAAUUUAAUAUCCAUUGGGUUUACAAGUAUAUCUUGGAUAAAAUACUCACAAUGAAGAAAAUAUGUAAUGAUUUUUCUCUCCCAAAGAAAUUUCUGAAAAUGUUAUUUUUUCCCUCAGAAAUUUUAACACGAAUAACCCACCUUAAACUGCUGGUGCUACAUUUAUUUUCUUUGAGUUAUUAACUUAUAUUCUAUGCAAUUUUAAACUUUGAUGCACCUUUAUGCAAACCAUUGCUUGUGUGGGAUAACACGUCUUAUCCUUUGACAUGAAGCACUUUGAGUUUCCAAAGUAAAACUGAAAGCUUGUGAUCUGUCUUUUUGCAUUUUAUAAGACUUUUUUGAUAUCUAAUUUUUUCAUACAUUUUUAUAAUAUUAACAAAGAGCACUGUAUUUUGUACAAGUCAAGUUUUUUUAAAUAAAUAAAUAAAUCAUUCUACAGAUGCAGAAUGUGGUGAUUAUUAGAAUUGGGACAGGAGAAGUAAUACAUUUAAUUGUAUGUUUAAAUCAUUAUUUAAUACAAAUAGAAAACUGUAACUGUAUGAAGAAUAUACAAGUCUUGAGUUUUUACACAAAAAGAAAAUAAAAAUUUUCUGUGGCUGUAAUAUUUUUUGCUAUUUUUGCUUGAAUAUUUAUAUAAUUACAAUUUUUAGCUAUACAAUUUAUCAUUUCUAAAGUCAGUGCUGGUAACUGUCUUUUUAAUAAUAGCUUUUUAUUGAUUUUCAGUUAUAAAAUUUUAAAUGUCUUCUCUUUUUUCUCUCUCUCUCUGUGUAUGAAUUGUAUUAUAAAUUAAUAAUUAAUUUUUAGAAGUUGUUGCAUUUAAAACUGAAAAAUCUGUACUUUGAAGGAUGGAAAAAACUCAACUUGAGAUUAAAAAUUUGUUGCAUGAAAUGUCUUCACAGUGAAUAAAUAUUGUUUGAAAAAUUCAGUUAUUUGCAUAAAAAUUUUAUGUAUUUAAAUGUCAACAACCAGAGUUUUAGUUAGAAAACCUGUUUUAUCAGAACAUAAUUUUAAGCUAUUAGUUAAACUGAAUCAAUAUUUAAUCAAAUCUAAGCAAUGUAUUUAUUUUGUAAUUAGUGUAAGACUGAAAUAUAUUAUUCUUAUUAAAACCAAAGAAUUUUUAUUAUAUUAAUAUGUAAAUAAAUUAGUGUAUACUUUUACAGUGAAAUUUAAGAAAAAUUCUGCUUUCAUCGAAUGUCGAAUUUGCAGAGGCUUAAUUUCACAACUUAUUAGUUCUGUGAAAAAGAAAUAUAUAUUGAAUUGAAGUGUACGUUUUGUUAGCUUGACUUGCAGUAAUGUACAAAAAAGUGUAAAUAAAAAAAUAAUUUUUAACUAUC